CAUUUGUCACCUAAAUAUGAUGUAGUUGUGCCUUAUAGAUCAUUGGAAUGGGUCGAAAGGUUAAGGCCUUCAGCAAUUGCUGCGAUCUACAGAUUGAGGAAGACAGAAUUCCACCCUUUUUACAAGAUUUCAGUAUGGCCAGGGUAAAGACUGUUGCCAGAGCUAAACCCAAUAUUCUUCCUGAGCCUGAAAACCAUCAAGAAGGGAAAGAUAAAGAUAAAGAAGAAGAGGCCAAGGCAGAGGAAGAAGAGGAGGUACAGGUGGAGGGAGAGGGAGAAGUACAGGUGGAGGGAAAGCUGGAGGUGGAGUUGGAAGAGGAAGAGGAAGAAGAAGAUGACAUUGCAAGCACAAGAUCUGUGGGCCAAGGCCAGGAAAGCGUGGAACAGAGUAAGGAUAAUGGGGAUACAGAGGAAGAAGAAGAGGAGGUACAGGUGGAGGGAGAGGGAGAGGGAGAGAUGGAGGUGGAAGAGGAAGAGGAAGAUGAGGCUGCAAGCACAAGUUCUGUGAGCCAAGGCCAGAAAAGCGUGGAACAGAGUAAGAAUAAUGUGGAUGGAUUUAGGGCCCAGCUGUCUCAAAUGGGGCUAAGAAUUGUGGAUAUCAGAGGAGAUGGCAACUGUUUGUUCAGGGCUCUGUCAGAUCAGCUGUGUGGUGACCAAGAAUCAUAUGCAGAGUAUCGUCAGAAAGUGGUGCAAUACAUGGUUAGCCAUCCUGAAGAGUUUGCAGGUUUCCUCAGUGAAGGAGAAGCAGGGAGUUUUGAAGAAUACUGUACAAAAAUGUCACAAGAUGCGGAAUGGGGUGGUAAUUUGGAGCUUCAGGCAGCUUCAAUGGCCUUCUUCAUGAAUAUUCGUGUCUACAGGUUUGAUCAAGGACAAGUAGAAAUUUCUGACAUAAACAAUUUUGAGACAGCAGGUACUCUCUUGUUGUCAUAUCAUAAUGGAACCCACUACAAUAGCCUGCAGAUCAAAGAUUGUGAUUCUUCUGAAGAUGAAGAGAGAGCAGCUUACAGAACAGAAGAAAGAAUGAAGGAUUCGGAGGAGCAUGAUAAUGAUUCGGGGGAGUUAAUUAUGUUUGCACCAGGUUCUACAGGGGCCGAUCUAAUUGAACCUAUGCUGCAACAGGUAGAUGGUGAUACAGCUGCUGCAGUAGAUAAGAUAUUAAAAGAACUAACUUCAACAAUGGAUUCAGCCAAGAAUGAUGAAGGGGAGAUUGAAGACCCACCCUAUAUAAACAAUGAUCCCCAAAGAAAUUCAAGAAAAAGAAAAAUACACCCAGAUGAAAAGAAAGACUAGAAGGGUAAUGAGGAUAACAAUAGCAACAGCAGCAAAGAAGGCUUAGGCUAAUAAAAGCUGAAACCUUCUAAAAUCAACUGGAUGCAGAGCACCAAAUAGCAAAUUUGCUGGAAGCUCUUCUUGGCAUUUGAUGGAAGGCAGGGCUGAUAGUACUCUAUUUAAUCCCUGCAACUUAACGGUGUUUGAUUUGGCAUAUUCAAAGUUGCUAAUGGAACUCACCUUUCAUGCAUUGAAAACAAUUCUUGAAUAUGUUUUCAUCUAAAACUUGAUAAUUUGUCAAGACAUUCAAGUCCUUGUCUGUUCUAUUUAGCAUUUAAGGAGUUCUUAAUCUGAUUUAUCCCAUUAGAUGAGAAGAUCGAAACAUUAAAAGGCGCCUAGUGCAGUAACAUUCUGAUUGUUGAAAAUUUCUCCAAGAUAUUCAACUCCCUGCCGCUUCUAUCUUGCAAGAAAAGAGAUUUCACCAUGUUAUCUUCAUUUACUUUUGAUGUUCUGAAUUUAUCAUUAAUACAAAAUCAAAUGAUAUACAUUGCUCUC